GGGGACCCCGACCGUGCUUCGUGGUAGAGCCCGCGGCGGCGAAAACCUCGCAGAGUGCGGGACUGUCCCCUGACUCGCGAUACAGACGCCGGGUCCCAGAGAGCCUGGGUUGUGCCCAGUACGUGGCCCCUGCCGGUGUCCGCUUUCUGACCUUACCGCUCGACAGACAGCUGCGCGUCCCGGAGGGCGCCGUGGAAGAGGGGCCCAGGAAGUAUCCAGAGGCUGCCUUCGCUUGCCGGAAACAUCCCCGGCACAGCUUAGAGUGCGUACGUAGAGGAGGAAGCUGGCGGGCAGAGCCCGUGGGACGUGCGGAAGGUCGUCCAGCCCCGAGCGCAAGCCACCGGCCGUGGCCGAGACCAGACGCACAGGAAUCCUCCAGAGGGUCUUUUCAGCAGCUGAACAGGAUCGUCAGGCCCAUGCUGCUGCUGGUUUGGGCACCCAAGGCUUGGCACAGGCUCUCUCCGCUCAAGCCCCAAGCCCUUCUCUGGUCCAGGGGAGACAAAGCCCUACACGUGGGAUACCGGCGCCUGUCUGGGCAGGUCCCUGGAGAGCAGAGCAGGCAGAGCCAUCCCCAGGGCCCUAGGUUUCGGACCAGGCUGCUGAUCACUGCUUUGUUUGGGGCUGGGUUGGGCGGGGCCUGGCUGGCUGCGAGGGCUGAGAAGGAGCAGCGGCGGCAGCAACAGCGGACAGAGGCCCUGCGCCAGGCAGCCGUGGGCCAGGGCGACUUCAGCCUGCUGGACCACCGGGGACAGGCUCGCUGCAAGGCCGACUUCCGGGGUCAGUGGGUACUACUGUACUUUGGGUUCACUCACUGCCCCGACAUCUGCCCAGAUGAGCUGGAGAAGCUGGUGCGCGUGGUUGAGCAGCUGGAGGCCGAGCCUGGCCUGCCCCCUGUGCAGCCUGUCUUCAUCACCGUGGACCCUGAACGGGACACCGCCGCAGCCAUGGCCCGCUACGUGCAGGACUUCCACCCGCGGCUGCUGGGCCUGACUGGUUCCGCUGAGCAGGUAGCCCAGGUGACCCGCAGCUACCGCGUGUACUACAGCGCUGGCCCUAAGGACGAGGACCAGGAUUACAUCGUGGAUCACUCCAUCGCCAUCUACCUGCUCAGCCCCGAUGGCCUCUUCACAGACUACUAUGGCCGGGCCAAAUCCGCACAGCAGAUCGCGGACAGUGUCCGGCGCCACAUGGCUGCCUUCCGCAGCGUCCUGCACUAAGCCAGAUCAUUAAAGAGGGUGUGAUGAA